AUUCUUUUGGAGCAAAGAGGCAAAACAAUCUUUUUUAUCCUCCGGACCGGGGCGGCUUGUCGGCUUGCCGAACGCUCGAUGUAGAAUAGAAAGCAGAGGAGAUAAGUAACACCCGACAAUCCCGAUUGAUGUAUCUCACUCGAGAAAUUUGCACUAAAAUCUUUAGAAAGCUGGUUUUCUUUCUUUAGUCCUGCACGCGCUCGCGGUUAACAUGGACUCCAGGUUUAUUUUGGACAAGCCGGUGGUCGCUGGGGCGGACUUCGGCUGCUCGGUGCUCCACGACAGCCGGCUGGGAAGACGCGGCGAUGACGCGCCCAGUAACGGGGCUCUCUUCUUCAAAUGUGUGCUGGACGGCGAGGCGGCGGCGAAGGUUAAAGCCUCCCCUCGAAGGAACGGACGAAUAUUGGCCGACGCGGAUAAACCCGGCCUGGGGGACCACAGAGACACUGGUUGCACUGCUAGCCUAAAGAGGGCCAGUCCUACUCACUGCCCAGGCACAAAUGGGCAAAUGUCAGGCAGCUAUAUGCACUUGGACAUCAGGAAUCAAGAGAGGCAGGCGGAGUUGGCCCUCAGCCUCAGGCCAGUGCAAGGACAGAAUCUACCGCCGAUGGAGAGACAAUCGUUCACUUCUUCCCAUAUCCCUGUCCCCAGAAACAGGAAGCCCUCAGGUCAUGCUGUUAAGGAGGUGAUGGCCGCUGCCGUUCUGACAUCGCUAUCCACGUCCCCGUUGGUGCUCUGCCCGUCCUCUGCGCCCCCAGUUCCAGAGCCAGCAAACAGGACUUGGAAAGAGGCGCUGUCAGCCAGUUACAGCAGCUCCACUAGCGGCAACUGGAGCUGGGAUGCGAGCGACCAAUCGGUGCCCUCCACCCCAUCACCACCUCUGUCCAACGAUGCCAACAAGAACUUCCUGCUCUCGUCCCAGGGGGAUGAUGUCAACGAGGACGUUCCAGAGAGUGCACACUUCAUGUUUGAGGACCCCAUACCUCGAAAGCGAAAGAACUCAAUGAAGGUGAUGUUCAAGUGUUUGUGGAAGAACUGUGAAAUGGUCCUCAGCACAUCCUCAGGAAUCCAGCGGCACGUCCGCACCGUCCACCUGGGGCGUAACAGUGACUCUGACUACAGCGAUGGAGAAGAGGAUUUUUACUACUCAGAGAUUGAGGUCAACAUGGACAGUCUGACAGAGGGCUUGUCCAGUCUCACACCCACAUCGCCCACCACCGCUGGUCCUCCACCUGUCUUCCCACUUCCGCUCGCCGACGUCUCUCACUCAGAGCACCUCAACAUGAAUGAACAGCAGAGCCACACCCCGACACUGCUCAGCCAAUCAGCGCCUUCCACGCUCUGCCACAUCCGCACUGACCAUGCUUACCAGGGCCCAGCUGCGACUCAUGUGCGCACAGUGAGUAUCGGGGAGAAGCGACAGCCGGCAUCUAGCACGAGUGGCACUGUCAGCAAGAACCACACUUUAGUAACGACGGCGCCAAAAUCAGCACAAGGAAACCGGAAACCCCGUGGAGAAGCCAAGAAGUGCCGGAAGGUGUACGGCAUGGACAAAAAAGAGAUGUGGUGCACGGCCUGUCGAUGGAAGAAGGCAUGUCAGAGAUUCACCGACUAAGACAUCUCCCCCCAGGUGACCCCCAACACCCUCGAUGAGCUCUUUGAAGCAUCACCUUUUCCUGUUCUCAGCGCUGCCUCCCGCAGAGCAGUGGGAGGUUUGCCGUCGCUCUUCACUUUUUCCAAACACAGACAACAAGUGGAACUUGAUGCAGGUUUUGAAACUUGUUUUCUUAAGACUGAGACAUUCUCACUCACUGUUCAUAAGGAAAAAAAACUGAAAAAACAAAAACAAAAAAAAAACGUCAGUUGAUUUUAACUUUCUGAUGAUAUUUUUCUGGUUUUUGGUUCACUUUUUUUUUCACUAAAAAUGUAAGACUAGAAAAAUGUAUUUUGCUACACUUAGUUGGUCAUAAAGCAGCACCGAGCUGUUGUUGAUGGGGUGGAUCUUUCGGUCAGUGGAUCACUGAAUCAAUCCAAUGUUUUCAUCAGUAGCGAAUGAAUGAGAUCCCACCGUUCCGAUUCAGCCGUCUAUAUAAGCUCCGCCUCUAACCUUGUUUCCUGCAGCCUUACCGGAUCGACUGUGCGUCUUGCCCAUUCAUUCUCAUUAUCGCCAGCUUUACAUUUCUCUGCACAAAACCUUCAUGCCAAGUGGUACAAAUAAGAUUUCCCUUUCUUGACUUUGUCCCUGCCAAAAUCCUGACGAGAUGUCCACAAUAGAUGAGCUAUAUUUCCCUCUUAUCCUUCUCCAAGAAAUAUGCACCUUGAAGAAAAGAGUCGACCUUUCAGAGUAUCACUGUAACGGCAGCGUGUGGCAGAGAGAGCGGAUGUUUGUUUGAUAGAGUUUAUUGUCAGCAUGGACGUGCUGAAGCAACUAGCAGUUGCACUGUGCAAUCAGCAGGAUUACAACACUUUAAUAUUGUCUGUCUUGCUUUCAUGUUGUUGUACAGGUGGGGCACAAAAAAAAAGUCUAUCUUUUCUCCCCAUUUUACAGGGCGUGGUCCAAAAGAGAUUGUUUAUCACAAUGAAUGAAACCCUUUAAAAGUCUGACUGAUGUACUUUAUGUACUAAUGUGCUUCAUGUACUCAUCCAACAAUCCCAGCCUGAUCUCAGGUCAGGACUUGUUCCACUUUUUGAUCCGGGAAGACUUUAGAAUUUAUCGGAACAUUCAUCUUUCUAUAUGAUUAUGUGGAAAAAGUGAGAUUCAAAGAGGUCAACAGGAAGUUGAUUCAUAAAGUUUCUUGUUGUACUUUGUGACGGGACGGUAGAUGAAACUUAGCGGGUAGAAACCAAUUUGGAGAAAAAAUAUUUUUAGCCCUAUUUUAUUAAAAAGAGGUUAGAGGAAAAAAGCAGUAGUUUAAAAACACACGUUUUGGUUCUGAAGCGUUGUGAUUGGCUGAUUGUCUCUUGGUGAUUAUUUUAGUAAUGGAAGUAGAUUCCCUGUUUGUAAUCAAUGUAUCUUUUUAAUCUCCUCCUUCUCAUCCUUCUUAUAUAAUUCCUACAUUCAGAGAGCCCUUAGAAGAACUUUUAGACACCCCUUAGAAAAAUGUAGUCCUCUUUUACUAAAUUGUAUGUUUUUUUAAUAUUAGUUUGACUUUAAUGAAAGUUAUUGAACAGCAGAGCAUGCAGUCAAGUUCAUAUUUAUAAAGCCCAAACUUCAAAUUGAUUGCUCAGCGUCUUUGGGCAUUUUCCAGAAAAAAGUUGACAUUUUAUUCCCAUAUGUUUUAUCUUGAUCAUUACUCACAUUUUCAUUCAAAUGUAAAUCCACCUGCACAAGGGACCUCACCCGCAUCGUCAUGGUAACACAUGACAAACACACACAAGGUCUGACCCUUCCAACAAGAGCUGGCACUUUGUGACUUUUGUCCUCUGUUGCCAUAGAAACGCGGUGACGCUCCUGGCUGAUGUCACCUCUCUAUGCCUGUAAAGUCACACAACAGCAACGAUGCGCACCUGUUGUCGUUCAUAUCUUCUCCCACUGGAAACACUUGGGGGUUUAUUCCUGUGUUGCUCCCGUAAAGUAAUAAGCUAACUGGUGUCCUGUGAUUGGCUGAGCUCACAGAAACCUCACAAAGUGCCAACGAUGAGAGCUUCAAAAAGGAGACCCGAUUUCAAAUUGCACUACUGCGCACUGCGCAACGUUUUUAUACAUGGAUGCGUUUUUAAUACAAGUGAUGUUUCCUUUCAAAAUGGUGUCGGUGGGGUGUGGCCACUGCCUAAUGAGAAAAACGAGACGUCAGGGAUCAUCAUCAGCUGGCGUGAUUUUUACUCCUAGUGGCAGCGUUUACUUUGGAAGUCGCUUUCUUUGAGGGCCAGAGAUAAAAACGACAAAAUAAAAAGCACCUGCUUUUUGUUUCAGCUUUAUUGCUUCACCAUAGUCUGACCUUUCCAUCAUCUUUGUGCUUCCUGCUCACUUCCUCUCCAAGCACUCAGCAGUGUGUGUGCGUGUGCAUGUGUGUAUGUAUGUGUGUGUGUGUGUGUGUGUGUGUGUGCUUGCAAGUGAGAGAGUAGCAGGUGACUCCUAGCAAGCACUUUUUACAUUUCCACCAGCACGUGUUUGGAUGCUGCAGCAGCGCCAUCGAUUCCACCUUUCGUGUUGCACUAAUCAGUCGAGUGACGAUCAAGGCCUGCUGCCAUCAAACUUAGCUUGCUUGUUGAGAUUUGUGAUGACUUUUACCAGGAGGACGAUGUUUGGUCUCCGUGGAAACGAGACACGCAGUGAUCGAGAACGUUUUUUUUUUUUCUCUUUGUACAUACGCAGCAUUUUGACAACCGUGUGACACUUUUUCAUUUAUUAUGUUUGUGGUUGUUCCUCUUGUGUAUGAAAAGGAAACUUUUUUUUUUUUUUUUUUUACAGCUCCUAUUUUUUUAAUUUGUAUUUUCAAGUUGAGAAGCUGCAGUGAGCGUACGUAAAGAUUGGAUGUAGCUUUGAGGCAAACAGGAGGGGUGGAACCUGUUGAAUGUAAAAGUUACACAAAUAAAAGUUGUUGUUGUUCUC